GUACAUGGAAACUUAGCACGUAUAAUUAAGAAGCUAAGUAAUAAGAAGUAUGAAUUCUUCUUUCUCCUUGCUGCAAAAUGGCAAGCACAGGAAGCAACUCCACGACUACUAGUUUCAUCAUCACCAACUCUGAGGCUUUAAAGGCAACGUUAGAUUGGAAUAAGCAUUCUUCGAUGCCAAUCCUCCGCGACUUCUUGAGGCAGCAAUCGGGGAGUCUCACAGAAGUAGACGUGCAGGGCAACACAAUCGUUCACUUUCUGGCCAGGAGUGGCAGAGCAUCUGCCUUGAGAGAACUGCUAGAGGAUGGCCUCUUGACAAGCCAUCAGCAGCUCAUGCAAGUGAAUCUCAGAGGCGACACGGCCCUGCACGAAGCUGCGAGGUUUGGGCAGCGUAAUGCUGCGGAAAUCAUGUUGACAAAGAACCCCAAUCUGGCUUCUUCGCGCAAUGAUUUGGGCGAGACGCCUCUCUAUGUCGCUGCUGCAUGUGGAAAGAGGGAGGUUUUCAAUCUUCUCAGGGUGCAUGUCGGACUCGGAGAUUUGAUCAGAAGAAACGAUGGCGGGACGAUCUUGCACGCAGCUGUUCUUGGAGAGCAUUACAAUCUUGCUUUGGAGAUAUUGGAAUUAUAUCCUCACCUUGCUAGAGCACAAGAUGAAACGGGAGCAACUGCACUGAAUUUGUUGGCCAACAAACCCGGAUCCUUCAGAAGCGGCUCAUUGUAUUCGCUUGAAAACCUUGGAAGCAGGCCCUUCGUUCCUCUGCAGUUCAUUCGUUGCCUAGCCUAUCUUUGCAUUCCAUCUGUGGCCAAAUUGCCUACAGCAGCUGGUGACGUGGAAGAUCCACGUCAACAUGGAGUUCUCUCCCAACCAAAGAGUUUUGUCAGGAAACUGAUCUCAGGCUAUCGAUGGAUCAUUCGAGCUGUGAUCUGUUGCCCUAGUGGAGUGGCAGACAUAAAGCAGCACCAUGCGUUUGCACUGCUGCUUGCAAAAAGGUUGAUACUACUGGAGGAAGAUUGGAGCCAUUACACAUAUGGUGAUUGUUUACCCAAACUACGUAAACACCAGCUGGUUCCAACCAAAGACCAAUUGCAAGUAUGCAAUGAAGGAUCGACAAUUCUUGAGUCUGCAGCUGUGACUGGGAGAGACUCAAGAAUGAUAAAUAGAAUAAUCCAAAACCCGCUAAUUCAGGCAGUCAAACAUGGCAUCCAUGAGUUGGUAGAGGAAAUCAUUCGAAAGUUUCCAGAUGCUGCAUUCUUCGUUGAUAAAGAUGGGAAGAACAUACUGCACCUAGUAGUGGAGUGCAAGGAUAGGAAACUGUAUGACUAUUUGAAGCCGAAAGUCCACAAGGAUGAGAUGUUGGCAGCCAUGGACAACCGGGGAAACACCGUAUUACAUCUUGCUACCUUAGAGGGAAGCAGUCCCAGCAUUAUUCAUGGGCACAUGAACCAGAUGGCAUGGGACGUAUGUUGGUUUAAGCGCAUAUGUUAUGAUGCUCCCCCUCAUUUCUUGUAUCACCGGAAUGCUGAUGGGAAGACGGCAAGAGAAAUGUUUGAAGAAAGCCACUCCGGCCUUCGUGAAAAAGCGGAGAAAACUAUCAAAGAUAUGAACAACGCAUUGAUGCUCGUUGCCGCUCUUGUAGGCACUGUGAAUUAUGCGACUAUCUUCACCAUCCCAGGAGGUUUCGUUGACGAUCCCAAUAGUAAAAACUUUGGUCGGCCAUCUCUUUUUAGCACUCGAGAUGGAUGUGGCUGUGAUCUGAGGUGGUUCUUGGGGUUCACCGGCUUGGCUCUCUUCUCCUCCUUAUUCUCCUUAGCAACCAUGGUUCUGAUUCAGUUGUCCCGGUUUUGCAGCGAUGAUUUCUAUUUAUCAUUGCCAUUCAAAUUUCUUGCUGCUCUAUUUGCCCUGUUUUUCUCUGCACUUGCCACAAUUCUUGCUUGCGUCAAAGCCUAUAAAAUCAUAGAUUUAGAAGUUAAUCCAAAUGUUUUCAUGUGGCCAGCCAUUAGCAUGCUAACCCUUCUUGGCAUAGACACACUGUGGCCAACCGUUGAAUACAUCUUAUAUGCUUUUUGUUGUGCAUUUUCAUCCAAGUCUAUGCAAACACGACUUCAGUUGUAAAUAUUUUUUGUGAGUGAGACAAUUAUCUACAAUGGUUUGUCAAUGAGUUUUCAAAGUAUUACGAGUUUGAUUUAA